UUUUGUAAAAAUUAUAUAUAAAUAUAUAUAUGUAUAAUAUUAUAUUGUAGUAACCUAAAACGUUCACGUAUAUCAUCAAAUUAAGUAUAUUAUAUAGUAUUGAAAAGUUCGAUCAGCCACAAUGAAGAUUCAAAUAGUAAUCUUCUUUACUGUCGCCCUAGCUUUAAUCUUUGCUGCAGGGACGAAUGCAGCUACCGUCAACAUUCAAAACAACUGCGGAAGAACCAUCUGGCCAGCAACCCAAUCCGGCAGCGGAAGUUCACAACUCUCAACCACUGGUUUCGAGUUAGCAUCAGGAGCCAGCCAGUCCAUCGAAAUCCCAGCCGGACCAUGGUCGGGGCGCUUCUGGGGUCGAGAUGGUUGCUCCACUGACUCAUCCGGCAGGUUCGCGUGCGCUAGCGGAGACUGUGCCUCUGGUACGGUGGAGUGUAAUGGUGCAGGCGGAGUCCCUCCAACAACUCUGGUCGAAAUAACCGUUGCAGAAAACGGUGGACAAGAUUUCUACGACGUCAGCAACGUGGACGGGUUCAACUUACCGGUUUCGGUUAGGCCAGAAGGUGGUAAUGGGGAUUGCCAGGAGUCAACGUGCCCAAACAACCUAAACGACGGUUGCCCAGCUGAUCUACAGUACAAAUCCGGAGACGACGUCGUUGGGUGCCUCAGCUCUUGCGCCAAGUAUAAUAUGGACCAAGACUGUUGUAGAGGAGCUUAUGAUUCUCCAGACACGUGUACUCCUAGUGAGUCCGCUAACUACUUCGAGCAACAAUGCCCUCAGGCUUACAGCUAUGCUUAUGAUGAUAAGACCAGCACUUUUACUUGCUCCGGUGGACCUAACUAUCUUAUCACUUUCUGCCCAUGAUGUGAGAAAUACACUCUAUAUCAUAUGUAUUAUUAAAUAAAAAUGACAAGAAAAAAAGGGAAGAAUAAAAAAAAUAAGCUAUAGGAAAUGUUGUUGAGGAUGCUCCACAUUCAAAAGCCUUGUAAUAAUAUCAAUAAAGUUUCUCUUUUUUUGUUUGUUCUAUAAACUAGAAAGACGUGAUGUUUGAUUGUAAAAUUAGUAUUGAAUACAACAAAUUACAAAAGUCUUACUUAAA